CAGGAAUUUGUAUAAGUUGUUUUUUGCUUAAAGAUAAUAAAAUAAGUAAAGUUAAAUAAAUAGAAUUUCAGUCAAAUUGUAUUUUUUCUUAACGUUUUACUGUUCCUGUAAGCAUAUAACAAUGAAACCAGAGUUUAAUGUGCCAAGUCAUCCGAACCAGAAACCGUGGGCGAAACCGAGGUUCGCGUUGAUCCCUAAUUUGGACUAUUUGGAAGAUAUACUAUCAAUAUUAUUAACGGUAUUUUUGUGAAUACACCAUGGACACCAGUAGGGGGCGCUGUGUGUCUAUAGUGCUCCAUUCUCCAGUAUCUCCCAAAGAAGAACAAAGAAACAAAAUAAACACUCGCGGUUGUGUGUACGGGAUAUUAAGUCUUCUAAAGACAGUAGGAAACGUUGAUUUUUUUGAAGACGUUGACCUCGGAAAACUGCUUUAAACGGAGAAAAAUAAUCUCAGAUAUUUUCAUGAAUAUGUUUGACCUGAAGUGUGACAGCUCGUCAGAUGAGGAAGAAGAAAUGGAUGGAGGAGAUCCUACUUUAGCAGCGCAAAUAUCCAGGUGUGCAAACAUCUCGUCGGCAGAUUUAGACGAGCUGGAGAACAGCCGAAACGAGUCGAGUACUGUCAAACAAACCGUGUGGGCGGUGAAGUGUCUUAAAACGUGGAUGCGCGAGAAACAGAUCAACAGCAUCGACUUAACAACCGUCGAAAAAUCUGAACUGACCCCAGUGCUGCGGGAAUUUUACGGAUCCAUUCGGACAAGUAAAGGAGAACUGUACGGCAUCAGCAGCUAUGUCGGGCUCCGGGCUGGAUUAAAUCGUUUUUUCAAUGACCCUCCUCUGUCUCGUGGCUGGAAUUUGAUGCAGGACCCUGAAUUCAGACCCGCCAACAAUGUUUUCAAAGGCAUCGUUAAACAGACCCGACGAUCGGGUCGGGAUGUUACAACACACUACCCUCCGAUCUCACCCGAAGACCUUGACAUAUUAAAACACUCUUCUGCACUAGACCCUGGUAACCCCAGAGGUUUAUUAAAUAAGGUCUGGUUUGACAUCCAGUUACAUUUUGGACUCAGGGGAAAAGAGGGCAAUCGACACCUGCGGCCAGACUGGUUAACACUUAAAAAUGACCAAAACGGUUUAAAAUAUUUCACUAUGGUAUUACAGGAGGUCUUUCGUGAAUCAAAUAACCCAAUUAAACGGGACAAGGACAAGAAGGGGGUCGCUAUGUAUGAAGAGCCUGGCAACCCACUCUGUCCCGUCGCCUCUUUGGAGAAAUAUUUGAGCAAAAUCCCACAGGAUGCAAAAGCGCUCUACCUGCAGCCCAAAAGAACGCAUGUGUUCAACGAUGAGUUCUGGUAUACAGCUCUUCCUUUGGGAAUCAAUAAUCUGUCUCAAAUGCUGCCCAAAAUAUGCAAAGAGGCCGGGACGCUGACCACAUACACUAACCACAGUCUGAGACUCACUGCGCUUCAAAAACUCACUGAAUCCAGACAGAUCAUGACUGUGUGUGUGCACAGUGGCCAUAUUGAGACGAACCCUCAGUUGCAGCAGGAAUCUGCUCCAUAUUCACCCAGCAGUGAGAUUGACUCCAGCUCUGUGACACAAGAGAGUCCUGUGAGCAGCCAUGGCUGGUUAAAACAAGAACCAGAAAAUGAAAUAAUCGAGUGGGAAAAUAUGAACUCGGAGGCUCCUGUUGAUGCUGAGCAGGACAACACAAGCAAUGCCAUCUCCACAGCAACGACCCCGAUGGAGGGUUUACCCCCCAGUGUGAUUCUGAGCAUCACCAAACUUCAGUGUCUUGUGGAGAGCAAACAGCAGAAGAUUGAAGCACUGGAGAAACAAGUGCAGGACCUACAGGAGGAUCGCAAGUUCCUCCGCACACAGAUCGAGAACCUCACCAGCGCUCGUGUGGUUCAAGUACCAGAAGCGAGCACUUCGGUGUUUUUACGGCCCAGGUCACAUAAGAAACGUCAGAAAAUCAUGUCUAAGCCAUGUGACAGUGAUGAGAGCUUUACCGAUGGGUCUGAGACCAUUGAUUCAUCUGAGGAGUUGAGCAACAUCAAGAAAAAAAGACACAACAAGAAGAAACGGAAGAGAGGUUAUGUGCAGUGUGAGUAAGUUCUUUCCGCCUCAAACAAGAAGAACCUGAGAGGAGUUUCUGCCCAAUUCCAGGCCACAAUUGUGCCCAGGACUAAAGUAGUAGGCUACGAAGAAUCUUAGUUGGGACAACGUUCCUCGUUGUUCCUCGUUGAUGGCUGAAUUGUAUGCACCACGAACAGCAUUAUGCAGAACACCAUCUUCAACUGCCCUCAUCACCGAAUUGCAUCUAACAGCCGAGAGAGAGAGAGUGUUCCUCUGGUGAAUCUGUGAGGAAGUGUUGGUCAGCUGUAUGUCUAGCUGUAUGCCCUCACAAAUGACACAGGUGAUGGCUUCUGCCUUUAACUGUGGGGAAAGUAAGGACAUUGUCCAUGUGUGGACAUGAGAAUGGACAGUGCUGUUGUGUGCAUGUCGGACCAUGGAAGUAUAGCAAGAAAUCAAGAGAUGUGAAACAUGUUUGUUGUUAUACUGUACUUAUUUGACCCUGGACCACAAAACCAAUCAUAAGGGUCAUUUUUUGUGAUAAAUAAGGUUUCUGUUGGUGUAUAGUUUGGGUAUGGUGUUUGGAUAGGGCAGUUUGGAUAGGGCAGUGUUUUACCGAGAUACAACUAUCUGAAAAUCUGGAAUCGGAGGGUGCAAAAAAUAUUGAGAAAAUUGCCUUUGACGUUGUCCUGCAGAGGCACUGUAGCAGACCUUGGCUAAGGUUUGCUGAACAGUUUUGUUUAACGGUUCUUCUCCAUUUCUUUUUUUUUCUUUUGCCACAAAAGCAUACAUGCUCAGUUAUGUUUGUUGUCACAAAAAUAUAUAUUUUAAUAUUUGUGGUAGGAAAUUUACAGAAUAUCUUCAUGGAACAUGAUGCUUAUUUAAUAUCAUAAUAGAUUUUGGUAUAAAAGAAGAAUAGAUCAUUUUGACCAAUAAAAUGUAGCUUUGGCCAUUGUUACAAAUAUCCCCGAGCUACCUGUGACUGGUUUUGUGGUCCAGGGUCACAUAUGAUCAUGUUUUUUGUUAUACUUUACUGACAUACACUGUAAAACUUUGCUUUAGUUUUGCAGCAGGUUUGCCAGUAACUUACUGUAGAUCUAAUUAGUACUUAAUACUACUUUCCUUUAAGUACUGUUUUCAAUUUGAGUCAUGCUUUACUUUAAUCUAAAUUAAAACACUUUGACUUUUGAGAUUCAAAAUGAGCAAUAAGAGACUGGUCUCAUUAUAAGCACAGCAACACUGCAAAAAAUGGCAUUCUUCCAAAGCAUUUGUGUCUAGUUUUAUAUACAUUUACAUAAUAUCUCAGGUCACUUUUCUUGUUAAGGCUUUCGUUUCAGUUCAGUUUAUUCAGUUUUAUGAAAGAAAGUAUAUGAACUAGGUAAGUUUAUGUUUAAUACAAAAUUGUAAAUUAAAACUACAGUAAGUUACUGGCAAACCUGCUGCAGAAUGACAGCAACAUUUUACUGUAGACUCCGCAUUGACUGAUGAAUCAUAUGUCAAAGAUGCCUUCAUAAUGUACAGGGCAAAACUGACCUAUAAACACAAACAAGUGAAGAGGUGGCUGUAGUUUUUCGGAUAGAAAGAACAACGUUUGUAUUUCUCAACCAAUUUUAAAGGUUUAUGUGUCAGAAAACAUAUUCAGAAAUUUUAAAUUUCACUUGUGUUUAGAGUGGUGUUGCCCUGUCAAAUAUGGUGGUGCUCUCAGCAUCUGCAAUGAAAAAGCCCUCAAUGUCGUUUCUAUGUAUGUCCAUGCUUACUCCGACAUGUUUUAGCAAAUGUUCAGUUAUCAGUUUCAGUUCAAUUUAAAUGCACAAAUAAACAAUUAUGUUUGUGAAAUUAA